CCCUCUCUGUUCCUUCUGUACUUUCCUCUCUUAUCGUCUCUCCCCACAUUCGUAUCUUCUUCCUCAUAUCAUCAUCAUGGUGCAUUCAAAGAAGUUCAGAGGCGUCAGACAGCGUCACUGGGGCUCCUGGGUCUCCGAAAUUCGCCACCCGCUCCUGAAGAGGAGGGUGUGGCUGGGGACAUUUGAGACGGCGGAAGAAGCGGCGCGAGCGUACGAUCAAGCUGCCAUUUUGAUGAGUGGUCGGAAUGCUAAGACCAAUUUCCCGAUAACCCAGACUCCGGACGGUGAUCCAAAGGCGGCUGUGGCGGCCUCGGCCACCGAUCAUAGCAAGGCAGGGGCGGCGAGGGAUCUGGAAGAGAUUCUGCGCGCGAAGCUGAGGAAAUGCGGGAAGCUUCCGUCGCCGUCCAUGACUUGCCUGAGGCUGGACACCGAGAACUCCAAUAUCGGAGUGUGGCAGAAACGUGCCGGCCAGCGUACUGAUAGCUCCAACUGGGUGAUGACAGUGGAGCUGGGAAAGAAGACCAAUAGCAACAGCAACAGUAAUGAAGCGGAGAAAACGACGUCGCCGUGGACGUGCGAUGAGCGUGCAACCUCAGAAGGAAAUGAAGUGGUCAUGGAAGGAGGAGGAGGAGGGAUGAACGAGGAAGAAAGAAUAGCACUGCAAAUGAUCGAAGAACUUCUUAACAGAAACUGUCCAAGUCCUCCAGGACCUUCAUUUCACGAUAUGGUUGAAGAGGACCAUAACCAUGCUUAUGCUGAAGGCUUUCUCUUUUGACAUUAUGGUGUUUGGGACAAGAACAAAAAGGUGGGUGAUGAUUAAUUUCUUAUAUGAAUAUUAAUUAAUUGCUAUAUAUGCAUAUAGGUUUAUAUUUUAUAUAUAUAUAUAUAUAUAUAUAUAGGUAGCUCUAAGGCGAGGAGGUUAAUUAUAUCAGUUAUGACAAGAAACAGGACGGGGUGUGAAAUUUGGAAACUAUAAGGAAGCAGAAUAAGGCAUACAUACGAAUAUAUGUUAAUUUGUAUGUUUGAAAUUGUACGUACGAGGAAAGUUGAAUUUGUGGGAGUAUAUAUACGGAGCAGAAUAAACAGGAAUAUUAUAUACACAGAGAUGCUGUCCAAUUGCAAUUGUACGUACAAGAAUACACUUUCAACUGGUGUGUAUAUGAAGCAGCGUUAUACAAUGAAAAGGGUUUCUAAUACCUUCUUAUGUAUUUAUAUAUCUUCUUGUCAA